ACAUGAAGAAACAAAUUGCAGAAGAAGAGAGAGAAAGAUUCACAAAGAUGGUGGAGUCAUGCUUUGUCGGCCAUUAAACCUUCAUUCAACACCUAUCAUCCAUUCCAUUCUCUUCCUAAUUCUCUGCUCAAUCAAAACUCCCAAUAAUAUCCCGAUUCAUUACCAUUUUCUCAAAAUUCCACCAUUCUUUCAUCUGAUCUUGGAAACUCCAUGAUUUCUCCUUUAUCUACAUCCCAAGGAAUCACGUGAAUAUUCUCUAUAUACACUCUUUGCAGGUCAGAAAAUCAUUUUUCAUAAUCUCUCCUCCUGGGAAAAACAUGAAGACGGAUCGAAUUUGGAUAAUUUUGUUUAUCACAACUCUUCUGAUUCAUAUCUCUAAAGCCCUUAAUUCCGAUGGCUUAUACCUCUGGCAGUUCAAACAAACCAUUCACGACAAUUUAGCUACUUUACAAAGCUGGAAUUUCAACGAUCAAAAUCCAUGUGGGUGGAAAGGGGUUACUUGCGUAUCGAAUCACACCACUGUCAUCUCCCUCAAUUUGGGUUCAAUGAAUCUUUCCGGCGAGUUGAACCCAAUUCUCUGCAGUUUACCCAGUCUGAAAUAUCUAAAUCUUUCUUUCAAUGGGUUUACCGGGAAUAUCCCUAAAGAAAUCGGUAACUGUUUGAAUUUAGAAUCUCUUGUUCUAAACAACAAUCAGUUUGAAGGGCAGAUUCCUAUUGAGUUGGGUAAUCUCUCCGGACUAAAGAAGUUGAAUUUCUCCAAUAACAAGAUCUCCGGUCAGAUUCCGGCGAGUAUUGGAAAUCUUACUUCAUUAGUUCAGUUUAUCGCCUUCACUAAUAACAUUUCCGGUCCAUUGCCUUCUUCAAUUGGGAAUCUUAAAAACCUUGUUCUAUUUCGAGCUGGGCAGAACUCAAUAUCCGGCAGCUUGCCGUCUGAAAUCAGCCGAUGCCGGAGUUUGGAGUAUCUGGGUCUUGCUCAAAACGAUAUCACCGGAAACCUGCCGGAAGAAAUUGGUUUUCUUGGUAGCUUGAAAGAAUUAAUCAUUUGGGAUAAUAAAUUAUCAGGGUCUAUUCCUAAGGAGAUUGGAAACUGUACGAAUCUUCAGACACUUGCAUUGUAUCAGAACAAUCUGGUCGGAGAAAUCCCGCCGGAGAUCGGAAGUUUAACGAAUUUGAAACGUUUGUAUCUUUACAGGAACCAGCUUAAUGGAACAAUUCCAAAGGAGAUUGGGAAUCUAUCUCAAGUAAUGGAGAUUGAUUUCUCUGAAAACUUCUUGUCCGGUGAAAUCCCGCCGGAGUUCAGCCGGUUAAAAGAUCUGAUCUUGCUUUACUUAUGGCAGAAUCAUCUCACUGGUUUCAUUCCUAAUGAGCUUAGUAAGUUAAAGAACUUACUAAAGCUUGAUCUCUCGAUUAAUUAUCUAACCGGACCUAUUCCGUUUGGAUUUCAGUACUUAACCCAGAUGAUUCAGCUUCAACUCUUUGAUAAUUCUUUAAGUGGAACCAUUCCUCAAGGACUUGGAUCGAAUAGUCCUUUAUGGGUUGUUGAUUUCUCAAACAAUUAUCUAACCGGAAGAAUACCGCCGUUUCUCUGCCGCCAUUCCAAUUUGAUUCUACUCAUUCUAAAAGAUAAUAAUCUCUAUGGAACAAUCCCUGAUGGGGUUGUAAACUGUAAAUCAUUGGUGCAGCUCCGGUUAUUCGGAAAUAGGAUAACCGGAAAAUUUCCUUCUGAUCUAUGUCGUUUGGAGAAUCUGUCAUCGGUUGAUUUGGGCCAGAACGAGUUUUCAGGUCAAAUUCCUUCUGCAAUUGGAAACUGCGGUAAGCUGCAAAGUCUCGAUCUUUCCGACAAUGAUUUCACGUCGGAGUUACCGAGGUCAAUCGGGAAUCUUACCCAAUUGGUGAAUUUCAAUAUUUCAUCAAAUUCCUUCAGCGGGAGAGUGCCUGUUGAAAUUCAAAAUUGCAAAAUGCUUCAACGGCUAGAUCUUAGUCAUAACGAAUUCAACGACAAACUUCCUAAGGAAAUCGGUUCGCUUUCGCAGCUGGAGCUACUAAUUCUUUCUGAAAACCAAUUUCAUGGAACGAUACCAUCUGAGUUAGGUGAAUUGUCGCGAUUAACCGAGCUGCAAAUGGGUGGUAACCGUUUCUCCGGUUCAAUACCGUCGGAAUUGGGGUCGUUAAAAGCCCUUCAGAUCGCGAUGAAUCUCAGCCAUAACGAUCUAUCGGGCGCGAUACCGUUGGAGCUUGGUAAUCUACACUUGUUGAUAUUUCUAAUCCUCGAUAACAAUCGUUUGAGUGGGGAAAUACCUAGUUCAAUUGGUAAUCUAUCAGGUUUAAGUUGCGAUUUCUCAUUCAAUAACCUCUCUGGACCUCUCCCUGAUUUUCCAUUGUUUCACAACAUGGCUGUCACAAGUUUCAUUGGAAACAGAGGACUAUGCGGUCCCCCGCUACGCGAUUGCAUCGCGAACCUUAAUCCGAUUCAGAAUUCAGCAAGAGGAUAUAGCAAUCCCAGGGGUAAAAUCAUCAGCAUUGUCGCUGCGAUUAUCGGUGGAGUUUCGCUUAUUCUAAUUGUAGUCAUUUUGUAUUUCAUGAGAGUUGGUCCUAGUCGUGUUAGGAUUCCGACACAAGACAAAGACAUGUCGAAUUCAUCGGUUUCGGAUAUCUAUUUCCCUCCGAAAGAAGGGUUUACCUUCCAGGAUCUGGUCGAUGCUACUAACAAUUUCCAUGACGGUUAUGUUAUAGGAAGGGGGGCGGUUGGGACGGUUUAUAAGGCGGUUAUGGCUUCCGGGCUGACAAUUGCGGUGAAAAAGUUGUCGUCGAAUAGGGAGGCGAGUAACAAUAACGUCGAGAAUAGUUUUCAAGCGGAAAUAAUGACUUUGGGGAAGAUUAGGCAUCGGAAUAUAGUGAAGCUAUAUGGAUUUUGCUAUCACAAAGGUUCUAAUCUUUUACUUUACGAGUACAUGUCGAGGGGUAGCUUGGGUGAGUUGCUUCAUGGGCCAUCAUGCAAUCUCGAUUGGCCGACACGGUUUAUGAUCGCUCUCGGUGCAGCCGAGGGCCUCACGUACCUACACCAUGACUGCAAACCGAGGAUCAUUCAUCGCGAUAUAAAGUCGAAUAAUAUUCUUUUGGACGAGAACUUUGAAGCCCAUGUUGGUGAUUUUGGAUUGGCUAAGGUCAUUGAUAUGCCUCAGUCCAAGUCCAUGUCCGCUGUUGCGGGUUCUUAUGGCUACAUUGCCCCCGAAUACGCGUACACAAUGAAGGUGACGGAGAAAUGCGAUAUAUAUAGCUAUGGAGUGGUUCUAUUAGAGUUAGUAAUGGGAAGAACACCCGUUCAACCCAUAGAACACGGAGGUGAUCUCGUCACGUGGGUGAGGAACUAUAUUCGAGAAAAUUCAUUUACGACAGAAAUACUCGAUAGUCGAAUAGAGCCAAGGGACGAAAAAAUAACCGGUCACAUGAUCACGGUCUUAAAAAUUGCUCUCAUGUGCACUAGCAUGUCUCCCUUUGAUCGACCAUCGAUGAGGGAUGUCGUGUUAAUGCUCUUUGAGUCUAGCAAACGGGGAGGAGUUUUUCUGCUAACACCGACUUGCGUCGAAUCCCCUAAGAAAGACGAAGAUUUGCUUUGCACCAACCUUUGAUUUAUUGUAUAUUAUUGCUUAUGCAUGUUGGUAAGAUUAGUUAUUUACUAGUCUAGUGAUAAAUUAAGGUUAACAAUAGGAGUGAUUAUUAUUGAUAUAUUAUUGCUAAUGUAAUAAGUAAAUCUUGUGAAUUGUGAUCCUCACUUUUUAGAUCCGUUACCCAUAAAAUGAUUUCUCUUUGGAUCACUUGAGAAUU